AAAUUCACAAGGCCCCGCCGCCGCCGCCUCGUCCCCCAUUCAUCUUCGCCGAAACCCUAACCCUAGUCGCCCCGCGGCCACCCUUCCCGGCGACGCCAUGUCGAACCCGAAGGGCUCCAAGAUGCUCCAGUUCAUCAACUACCGCAUGCGGGUGACGAUCCAGGACGGGCGCCAACUUGUGGGCAAGUUCAUGGCGUUCGACCGCCACAUGAACCUCGUCCUCGGCGAUUGCGAGGAGUUUCGCCGCCUCCCGCCCUCCAAGUCCUCCAAGACUACCGGUGAACGCGAGGAGCGCCGCACGCUCGGCCUCCUCCUCCUCCGCGGCGAGGAGGUAGUAUCCAUGACCGUCGAGGGCCCACCACCGCCCGACGAGUCCCGCGCCAAGGCCGCGGCGGCGGGCGGAGCCCUCGCCGGCCCUGGCAUCGGCCGCGCCGCUGGGCGCGGUGUGCCCACCGGCCCGCUGCUCCAGGCAGCUCCUGGGCUCGCUGGUCCUGUACGUGGGGUUGGUGGACCCGCCCCCGGCAUGAUGCAGCCCCAGAUCUCGCGGCCGCCGAUGCCCAACCUGUCGGCCCAGCCGGUGUCGUAUCCGCAGGUCGUGCGCCCGCCGCAGGGGAUGCCUCCCCCAAUGCGUCCUGGAAUGCCGCCGCAGAUGCAGAUGCCGUUCCGCCCGCCUGGAGCGCCGCCUGCUCCGUUCCCUGGGGCACCGCCACAACAGUUCAUGAGGGGACCACCGCCGAUGGGGCCGCCACAAGUGAGGCCCGGGAUGCCGGGGCCACCACCUCCUGGAAUGAGGCCUGGAAUGCCUCCGCCACCAUUCGGACAGCCGAGGCCAGGGAUGCCACCUCCGCCACCUGGCCCGCAGCAGCCUGGACAAAACCCGCCUCAGUAGUUCCUUACCUGGAUAAGCUUCUUGCGAUACACCUAUGGGAGAUUUUUUUUGUAUCGCGAGAAAGGAUCAUAAAUCACACCUAUGGAAGACGAAGACCUGUGAAUUGCACCAAUGCUUUCACCAUUCUGUCUCAUAUCAGGGUAUCUAGUCCUAGUAGUUUCCUUUGGGUAUUGUGGGAGAGAACCAUGCCAGUGUGUACCACUCAUCCUUUGAUGUGAGAGGGGACUUUGUAUGUAAAGAGGCCAGGACUUUAACUGUUGGUAUUGGUUAAGUUAGGAAAUAUGGAUAACUUAUUUCAUCGUUGUCUUAAUUCU